AUCAAUUGGAUUCUCCAGAAAUACCAACACAAGGUAGUAUUAGUAGUAGUCUUCAAUUUCAAACCCUAACAAGCCCCCUGCGGCCUGCGGCAUUAGGGUUUUUUUUACAAGGGAGAAAAAAAUUCAAACAUGUCGAAACGCAAAUUCGGAUUCGAAGGGUUUGGAAUAAACCGUCAAGCUACUUACAACUUCGAGCGAUCGCAAGCUCCUCAACGACUCUACGUUCCUCGCUCCUCUCGUCACGGCCACGACAACUACGAAGAUACCGACCUCGACAAUAUCGAUUACGCCAAUAAUGAUACCUUCAAGGAAGCUGAUAAUAACAACUCGAACGACAAUGCUAACGGAGCGGAAGAUGAGGAAGUUGACCCUCUUGACGCGUUUAUGCAAGGUAUUCAGGAGGAUUUGAAAGCGGCGCCACCUCCGGACCCGAAGGUCAAGGCAGAGAGGUAUAGAGAUGACGAGGAUGAGAAUGAUCCUGUGGAGAGCUUUUUGAGGGCGAAGAAAGAUGUUGGGUUGACGUUGGCUGCAGAUGCUUUACGUGCUGGUUAUGAUUCAGAUGAGGAGGUUUAUGCAGCGGCGAAGGCUGUAGAUGCGGGUGCGUUGGAGUAUGAUUCCGAUGAUAAUCCAGUGGUUGUGGACAAGAAGAAGAUAGAGCCGAUUCCGGCUCUUGAUCACAGUUCCGUUGAGUAUGAGCCGUUUUAUAAAGAUUUUUAUGAGGAGAAGGCAUCAAUCUCAGGAAUGAGUGAGCAAGAAGUAGCUGAAUAUCGGAAGAGCUUGGCUAUCCGUGUUUCUGGUUUUGAUGUCCCAAAACCAGUUAAGACAUUUGAAGAAUGUGGUUUUGCACCAGAAUUAAUGCGUGCUAUUGUGAAACAAGCCUAUGAAAAGCCUACCACUAUUCAAUGCCAAGCCUUACCUAUUGUUCUUUCUGGUAGGGAUAUUAUUGGUAUAGCAAAAACUGGGUCUGGUAAGACUGCUUCUUUUGUGCUUCCAAUGAUUGUCCACAUUAUGGAUCAGCCUGAACUUCAGAAAGAGGAGGGCCCGAUUGGAGUGAUAUGUGCACCUACCCGUGAACUAGCGCACCAAAUAUUCUUGGAAACAAAGAAAUUUGCAAAAGCCUAUGGAUUACGUUCCUGUGCUGUUUAUGGUGGAAUGUCCAAACUUGAUCAAUUCAAGGAACUCAAGGCAGGAUGUGAGAUAGUUGUUGCUACACCUGGCAGAUUGAUAGACAUGAUUAAAAUGAAGGCCCUGACAAUGAUGAGAGCAACUUAUUUGGUACUUGAUGAGGCUGAUCGAAUGUUUGACCUUGGGUUUGAACCACAAAUAAGGUCAAUUGUUGGUCAAAUCAGACUUGAUCGCCAGACCACACUAUUUUCUGCGACAAUGCCCCGGAAAGUUGAGAAAUUGGCAAGGGAGAUUCUCAGUGACCCAGUCAGAGUCACAGUUGGUGAGGUGGGAAUGGCUAAUGAAGAUAUUACUCAGGUUGUUCAUGUAAUUCCUUCUGAUUCUGAGAAGUUACCUUGGCUUCUAGAGAAGCUACCUGGUAUGAUUGAUGACGGUGAUGUUUUGGUGUUUGCGUCCAAGAAAGCUACUGUUGAUGAGAUUGAUUCACAGCUCUCUCAGAAGGGUUUUAAGGUUGCCGCCCUUCAUGGUGAUAAGGAUCAGGCUUCUCGAAUGGAAAUUCUACAAAAGUUUAAAUCUGGCAUCUACCAUGUUCUUGUAGCGACUGAUGUUGCUGCCCGUGGUCUUGAUAUCAAGUCAAUUAAGUCAGUUGUGAACUUUGAUAUUGCAAAAGACAUGGAUAUGCAUGUGCACCGUAUUGGCAGGACAGGUCGUGCUGGCGAUAAAGAUGGCAGUGCAUAUACUUUGAUAACUCAGAAAGAGGCACGGUUUGCUGGUGAAUUGGUUAAUAGUAUGAUAGCUGCUGGUCAAAAUGUCUCGAUGGAACUCAUGGAUCUUGCUAUGAAGGAUGGGAGAUUCCGGUCCAAGCGUGAUGCAAGAAAAGGAGGUGGGAAGAAAGGCAGAGGAAGGGGUGGUGGGGGUGGGAGUGGUCGAGGCGUUCGUGGUGUUGAUUAUGGUCUGGGUAUUGGAUAUAAUGCAGAAUCCAGUAAUGCUGCAUCUCAACCUGUUCAAAGUCGAAAUGCUGCAGUAAAUUCUCUGAAAACUGGCAUGAUGGCACAAUUUAGGAGUAACUUUGUAGCUGCCUCAUCAAACUCUCAAAAUCAAGGCUCCAGUAACAGCUCAAGCAUUAGGAGACCAACUCUGACUGGAUUUGUAUCUGGUGGUACCAUAGGUGAAGAUUUGAAUAGGUCUCAGAUAGCUAGUUCAUUCAGCACUGCUCCAUCAUCAGGAUUGAAUAAUUCGCAAAAUACUGGACAAAACACCAGCCAAAGGAACUCAGAGAGUUCAAGAGAUAGGCCUAGAGAAAGACGGAGGCCAUCUGGAUGGGACCGUUAGGCUUUAUACAUCCAUGGACAAUGCUAUUUACAUAAAACAAGAAAUUUUCUGUUCA